AUGGAAGUGAAUCAAAAAUGGAUAUAACUAUUUGAGUUAUUGAGAUAUGAGCAAGAAACAAAAAAAAAAGGAAAUAAUAUCGCACGGGCGAGUCAGAGAUUGAGCUGGUCAGGGAGAGACAAUAAGAGCUGACACAAAAAAGAGAGAAGAUUCACGCGAUGGUACCGAACUGUGGUGAGGUUUGGUCCUACACGUGACCUGGCACGUGAAGCAUAGCCCAUGGCCAUAUGGGCCCCUAGCACGUGCGGCCUCCCACACGCGUACGGCAUUCCUUCUUUCGCAGAGUCCUUGUGAGAAGUAUGGACCACUCUACGUCUUUACUCUUUACCCUAUGGGGGAUUGGGCCACGUGUCUUCUCCAAAGAAGAAACCACUACACACUGUGGUGAAUCUUGUAAGGCUUGUGCUGUUGUAACUGCAUUUUGUCGUCCGGUCAUUUAUCAUUCAACAAUAACCACGGAUCUUCACAUCAUGUAGAGGCCGCUGACAAAAGUUUUUAUGUUAUUUCAUUUUCAAUCUUUUUAUAUCCACUUGUGGUGUUGGAGGAAUCUAUUUGAAUACUCUAUACUCUUUUCUUCUUCUUAUCUGUACAAAUUACAUUGCAUAAUGCAUAUUACAAAUCUUGAUGUAGCAAAACAAACACAUUAGUUAGAUCUUUGGCUUGACUUGAGAGCCAUGUUAUCAAUCAUGAAACGUUUUUCGCGUAGAUGAACAUUUGAAGA